AUGGUGGUGGCACGAUCUAUUUGGGGGGCUAAAUCGAAGUUCGCAUUUGCUGCCACCGCCUUGGGCGUCGGAGCUGGUGCCGUGGCCAUUGUUAAAUCCGACGAUCCUGCCACUUCCCUCAAGAUUUGUACCACUGUCCCUGUCCGCCUCUUUCGUCUCUCCCUCACUGCUGCCACCAUUGCUUUGGAUUAUGAGUAUUCACUAUCGGGACUGCCAGAAGAUAGCAUUGAGAGGACAAGAGUUAAACGUGAAGUUCACACCAGGGGUGCACGUAGGCUUGAACAACUCUGUUUCAAAAAUGGUGGAAUAUAUAUCAAGCUUGGUCAAUAUAUAGGUCAACUGGAAUAUUUGGUACCUCAAGAGUACAUUAAUACAUUGAGGGAGUCGAUGCUGAAUAGAUGUCCGACUUCUUCCUACGAUCAAGUGUGUCAAGUUGUCAAGAAAGAGCUUGGUGGGGAACCUGAAGAGAUAUUUGAUGAGUUUGACCCUGUCCCUAUUGCGAGUGCUUCUGUUGCUCAAGUUCAUGUUGCUCGCACUCAUCAGGGAGAAAAAGUUGCUGUGAAGGUACAACAUAUGCACAUGACAGAUACUGCAGACGCGGAUUAUGCGACAGUGGAAUUGAUUGUCAACACUUUGCAUCGGCUCUUCCCUUCAUUUGAUUACAGGUGGUUGGUGGAUGAAGUACGCGACUGUCUACCUCGGGAACUAGAUUUCUUAAUUGAGGCCAAGAACAACGUAAAAUGUAUGGAUAACUUUCGAAGGUUAUCUCCUCAUAUUGCAGACUAUGUUUAUGCCCCUGUGGUAUAUUGGAACUUAAGUACCACAAAAUUGUUGACCAUGGAGUUUGUGGACGGUGCACAAGUGAAUGAUUUAAAGAGCAUCCAAAGACUUGGAAUCGAACCACAUGACAUUGCAAGGCUAGUCUCUCAAACGUUUGCUGAAAUGAUGUUCAAACAUGGAUGUGUGCAUUGUGAUGUGCACGCUGCUAACUUGCUAGUUCGUAUAAUGCCUUCUCACAAACGUGGCAUUUUUGGAAGAAGAAAACCACAAUUGGUACUGCUGGAUAAUGGUCUGUACAAAGAACUCGACAUUUCUACCAGGACCAACUAUGCUGCUCUCUGGAAGGCUUUGGUACUGGCUGAUGCCAAUGCAAUAAAAGAAAACUGCUUGAAAUUGGGUUCUGGAGAGGAUCUGUACGCACUGUUUGCAGGGAUUCUUACCAUGAGGCCUUGGAAUAGGGUUAUUGAUCCGACUGUUGAUCAUCUGACUAUGCAAGGCAAUGCCAGUGAUCAUUCAGAACUUCAGAUGUAUGCUUCCCUCUAUUUUCCUCAAAUCACAGAGCUUCUGCAUAAACUGCCUCGUGUCAUUCUUUUAAUGCUGAAAACGAAUGAUUGCUUGCGUGCAGUAAAUAAUGCACUGGUACAAAGACUUUCUGUGGAGUCUUUUAUCAUUAUUGGAAGAGUUUCUUCGGAGGCACUUAUUGAUGAGAAGUUAUCACAUGCGAAAUCCCUCUUUAGCUUACUACAUAUCUGGUUGGAGGAGAUUUCGCUAGAAGCCCGGUUUGGCAUAAUGCAGGUAGCCUUGUGGAUAUUGCAGAUUCGUAGAGCUUUCACUCUCUGGACGGGGAAGCACGAUGCUGGAUCAUUUGCGUUCAGUCUUUCUUUUCUCUACCCAUUUUAG